GCGAGUUGAGGCAUCUGUUUUGAGACACCUGAGCUUCACUGCGCCCAUGUUGGUCUUUGAGUUUUGCAAUCAACAGUGAAACGGGACGAAUGCCAAACAUACUUCUCUUGGAUAUAUCCCAGCACAUCAACAAUGACUUUUUCGACCUACCAAACCAUCCGGUCAGUGUUCUGCUGCUGUUGCUCGAUGAGACAGGUGGAAACCCGAGUGAGCGUUGAGGAAGAACUGAUCAGGGACCCUCAGUAUUACAGACAGGCAUCAUGUCAAUCACACAGGUCAAGGCGAAAGCCCCCACCGCCGCCUCCAGAGGAAGAGGAAGAUCAAUUGCGAGUUAUUGCAAUGUAUGACUUUUUAGCUAAAGAGCCUACCGACUUAACACUACAAAGAGGUCAAGAAUACAUAAUUCUGCGUAAACAAGAUCAACACUGGUGGACAGCAAGAGACGUUAAAUAUGGGCAUGAAGGGUACAUCCCAAGCAAUUAUGUAACAGAGAUAAAUAACAUGGAGGCGCAUGGGUGGUACUGUAAAAACUUAACAAGGACUAAAGCAGAGCAACUUCUUCGACAAGAGGCAAAGGAAGGUGCAUUCAUUGUGAGAGACUCAAGCCAACACAGUUGCUACACAGUCUCAGUGUAUACUAAAGCUUUGAGUGGAAUGGGCCACGGUGACAUCAGACAUUAUCAAAUCAAGCAGAAGGGCUUGGGCCAGUUCUUUUUGGCUGAAAAACAUGUUUUCAACUCAAUUCCAGAGGUCAUCCACUAUCAUCAGCACAAUGCAGCAGGGCUUGUCACUAGACUACGGUAUCCUGUUGGGCCUAUGGGAAAAUGUGUUCCUGCAACUGCCGGAUUCAGUUAUGAAAAAUGGGAGAUAAACCUAUCAGAGCUGUCCAUUAUGAAGGAGCUGGGCAGUGGACAGUUUGGGGUGGUACGGUUAGGAAAGUGGAGGGCACUUUGUAAAGUGGCAAUCAAGACCAUUAAUGAAGGCGCCAUGUCUGAAGAGGAUUUCAUUGAAGAAGCCAAAGUCAUGACUAAGCUAUCCCAUCCAAAGCUAGUACAGCUGUAUGGAGUCUGCAUGCAGCAGAAACCGAUAUGCAUAGUCACGGAAUUCUUGGAAAAUGGCUGCCUACUGAAUUAUCUUCGACAGAGGCAAGGCUGCUUGAAGAAGGAGUUCAUGCUGGCUAUGUGUCAAGACGCAUGUGAAGGGAUGGAAUACCUGGAGACCAAUGGUUUCAUCCACAGAGACUUGGCAGCAAGAAAUUGUUUAGUCAGUGAGAAGCAAGUGGUGAAGGUGUGUGAUUUCGGCAUGACGAGGUAUGUCCUUGACAACCAAUACAUUAGCUCUACAGGCUCGAAGUUCCCAGUAAAAUGGUCUCCGCCCGAAGUCUUCCAUUUCAACAAGUACAGCAGCAAAUCAGAUGUGUGGUCAUUUGGGGUAUUAAUGUGGGAAAUCUUCACAGAAGGCAGAACCCCAUUUGAGAAUAAAUCCAACCCAGAGGUUGUGGAUGAAAUCACUCGAGGACACAGGCUCUAUCGACCAUACAUAGCCUGCCAGACGAUAUACGAAGUCAUGUACAGCUGCUGGCAUGAGAAGCCAGAAAGUCGUCCUUCGUUUUCUGAUCUACUGGAGGAAAUCAAAAUAAUCGCUGAGAAUGAUUAAAGAAGAAUCUGCUCGUAUUCAACACAGCAAGCAUUAAUGUGAACUAUUAUUUUUCAGAGCAGCAUUAUAAUUUCUAAUAGCGACGAGGUUGCUGAAAGUGUAACAUAUGUAGUGUAAUAACACAUGUACUGUAGGUAAACUGACUUGUAAAAUCAACUUACCGGUACCUCAGGAAUACAUUUUACUUGCAGUGUCUUUUAUAAUUAUAGCGCAUUUUCAAGCAACACAAACUAUUACAACCAUGUGCAAAUAUUUAAUACUAACAUUGUAAAAAAUAUCUUGGGGGUCUGUUCAUUGAAAUCAUUAAAAUUGGAACUUCUCUGACUUAAACAAAUAAAUAAAAAUUACACAGUCAGAACUACUCCCAUGCCCUGUCAGAUAUGUGGUCAACAUAACCUUGGUACACAAGAGCCCUGUAAUAAGUAAUCAAAUAGUGGCAGUAUUACAACCUGCAAGAGUUUGGAUGUUAUUUGUUACUUUUAAAAAGCUGCUAUAUUUAUCUCGGUUUAAUAAUUACAAUGUAAUCCUAGGGCUCGUAUUGAAAUGACCCUUGUGUAUGGUGAAUAUAUGUAUAUAGAUGAUAUCUUCUGACCACUCAUUUCUGUUAUUUUCGAGGUAACCCCCUCUUUGAUAAAUUAGUUUUGAAGUACAGUAUGCUCUUCACUGUUUUAGCACGUUUUUUAAAUUCAAAAUUUCCUUUAAAACAUGAACUUGUGUUUCAAAUCAUAUUUAAUGGGAAAGCCUACCAAUCUUAUGCGAUGUUAUAUACUAUACAAAAUGUGAUUAUAAUCAUAAUGGUCACCUUUGAAUCUUCUAAGGGCCUAAUUAUUAAAUGGACAAGAAACUGUGACACCCUACCUUCCAGGGCAGUCUGGGACAUGUUACCGUGGCAAUGUGAUGAAGGUGUACAGUAGCUCCUGUAUGGGUAAAAACAUCUCAAACAACUGCAGUUUUCUGUAACUGUAUUUUUUCUCAAUGACUUCAUUACAAAACAUGAAAGAAAAAACAACAAAACACAUCUUUUGACUUUUAUAAGUUUACUAUUGAUUGAUUAUUGUAUUUUUGUUCCUUUUGAAGCACAAUCUUCUCAGUAAACCGUGGUUACCAACUAAAAAAAUAUAUGAAUAAUGGCUUUGUGGAGGAGUGGCAUUAUGGUUAGUUUCCUAGUUUCCUACUUCAACCUGCAUAACCUGUAAAUAUGUGUAUAUGCAUGAAUUGAAAAGAACAAAAUACAGGCUCCUUUGUAAGUAAACAAAACCAUUUUUAAAUUCCACCACAAACUAUACAUCUCCUUCUUCUGGAAAGGAUUUCUGUGCAAUAACUCUCUCUUUAUGUUAGUUUAUCAUAAAACAUGUAUUGUUUAUUGUAAUCAAUAUCUCUAUACCACAAAGCUGGUCUUUGAGGUGUUUUGAGAAAAACACAUUUCAAUAAAAAAAAAGGUUGUUUCA